AUGCAGGUCCAGUCGGUUCCCCUCGGCUCCGUCAUCAUCGGACCGCAGUCUUGGCGCGAUGGGACGGUCCGCUCCAUCCGGCGCUCGGAGCGCCUGGUGCGCCAGACUCGAUCAGGGCGAUCGGUGACUUGCAGCCGGCACCGGAGCAGCAGCGCCGCUGCCGGUUUCAGCCCAAAGGGCACAGAUGACACAGCGGACACGACCGUAGAUAAAAUCACAGGGGAGGAAUGCGAAGAGGGUCGUGACUGCAACUGCAAAAAUAAGAUGCUGAGGCCCCAAACUACGGGAGGGAUGUUCCCCAGUGCGUCCCAGAGGACGUCGGUGGCCCCAUUCCCGCCUACCAGCUUGCGUGAGCAGUGUGCUGGGGCCAGCACUGCUGUGGCCAGUGAGUACAUGCGGAGGGUGCGGGAGGUGGAAGGCCAGCUGCGCAGGCAGGCCGGUAGGGUGGCCCAGGAGGGCAUCAAGCUGGAGAGGGAGAGGGGUCACCUGGAGAAGAUGCUGCGCAGCCUCAGGACUGAUCUGACUGUCAACAGGAGGAGCUCAGAGGGGAGGACCAGGAGGCCGUCCACUUCUGAGACGGAGAGAGAUGGUGCUGAUUACUUGCUGUUGUGUGAGAGAAGAGAGCUGGCCAAGUUGAAACAAGAUCUGGAGGGAGCACUGAGAAACACACUGACCCAGCUCCAGGCCCUGGGUCAGAGCAGCAGAAAGUUGCUGGACUGUGCCAGUGAGAGGGCUCGUGUCCUGGAGCUGCUGCCUCACAGCGCCUCUGCUGGAGGACACAGCAACGCUGCUCAGACCUUCACCAAAACAGACCCCAUCAGCCCCUUUACACCAGAGUGUAAACAGGUUUUAGAGUCGUCCACUUUGACAGUCAACCAGUCACAGCUACUGAGGGAAAACAUCAGACGGAUGCUAACCAGCGCCAUCGCCAGGCAGAAAGCUGCUCACUGUGCCGUCAACGACGGCCUGGUGAAGAAAAUUGCAGAGACAAUCACUCUGCAGCAAAGCCUGACUUUGAUGUCUGCAGCCACCAGGCAGGCCAUGUUCCGCAAGCAGAGGGAAAUUAACUGUAUCUGUCACAGCACAGACAGAGCACAGGGUCCAGAGUACAGUGGUGAUAUGCUGUCCAGAGAGAAACUCAACAGGCCUCUGGUGCAGGUUUAUCAGAGACACCCGGGGACACAGUUACCUGAGGCCAUUCAUCUCAUACAGGGCAGCGCAGUGCUGAGGCAAUCUGUAAUGUCCUCUGAGGGCGAGCUGGCGAGGCUGCAGCAGGCCUGUCUGCAGCUGCUGGACGACCUGAAUGGCAAGAGAGCAGCAGCUCAGGUGGAUGCAGGUGUGGUCCGCAUGAGGCGUCAGCAGGUAGACAAGCGAGCCAUGCCUUCUUUUCUCCAGCAGGGGGCAUCCAGAAGCCAACUCCCCAUGGGUUGUGUUGAGUAG